CCCUUCGUACGAUGUGCGCUGGAAAACCAACUCGCAUCCCUCGCAGGACCCAGUCAAAUUCUGGCAGCGCGAGCGUACGCGUAAUGUUAACGCCGCGGAAAAUCGUGUGCACCGUCGAUCGCCAGGACAUACUCGCGAGGAUUGCGCUCCGCAACGCGUGCGUUUGCUCGCUCGAGCAUUGAAUUACGAACAACAACAUUCAUUGAUUGAACGUUAAGUGAUUGAUUGAUUGAGAUUCAUUGGAUUUUAAACUCCGACAGCGUCGAUUCUCAAUAAAUUUUGAAUGCUACGUUUAUAUUUCUCACGUUUCGCGUAAGUUUUUUAUUGAUUGGAUUUGGGGGAGAAUUCAAGUAAGAAAUACUUUUUGAAAUGAAAUAAAUUGUAUUGUGAUAAAAGGAAUGAGACGGGAAAAUAUUUGCAAGCAUCACCAACUCUAAUAGAAUAGAGUGCAGUACAAUAUGAUGAUCAGUGUAGCAGUGGUUCAGCGAGGGUUUGAAAAUAUCAAUACAUGGAACUAAUUGUGUUGCGCUCCAGCCGCAAAGGAGAAGAAAAGCUCCAGAAACACCAUGAUAAUGAUGGUCUUUUGAUCGGAAAAACGCUUGUCGUGCUAUGAAAACGGCAACUCUCUGGCUGGUAACGCUCUUCUUGGGGUCCUUCCGCACUAGUCAUGCCCCGUCGCCCCCAACCUUGCUGCUCCACCUCACCGAACUCUGCUACUAUCCGAACGUGAACGUCGACCGCCUCACUGGAGAUUACAAUCGCUUCGUAUUCAAAGAUGUGUGCGACGAUCCGACGAGAGUGCUACAGAUGUUGCGCACCAUCAACGUGCCAAUAAUCGGAUCGCUGGAGGCGGAUAUCUGCUCGCCGGCGCAUUUUCUCGCCGACUAUUUCAACGCGACGCUUAUCACGUGGAACUGUCCCCAGGAAAUCGAAGAACCGCCGCCGCCGUCGCAGCUCGCCGCGAGGACGACGCGCAAUCUGGGCGCGAGCAUUCCGCUGAUCGCACGCCGUUUCUCCCGUCUAAUAACAUACAUGAAAUGGAAAUCGAUCGCCAUUAUAUCCACAAACGUCGGCUGGUGGCCAAAGCUGUCGCAAAUGUUCGUGCUGCACAUGCGAGAGAGCGGCGUGGUGCCCAAACACUACGCGAUGCUAUCGGAGAAUUCGUCCGUCGAACAUAUCGAAUACAAAUUGGAACCGGUCAUAAGGAUGCACGUGCGGGUAAUAAUCAUCUGCGCACCUGGAAACACAUUCGGACGAUCGAUACUGGAAGCGAUAGACAAUAUGCAGCUGAGCAAAGAGUUCAGUACGCUGACGGUGCUGAUGGACAUAUCGGCGUUACCAUCUUGGUCGCUCUAUUUGAAUUCGGAGCAAACGGAACAAGACGGCAGCCACCACUCGACGGAAAACAUCACCGGCAAGAAUAACGCAUCCGCUCACAUGAAUUCCACGCACAACAAUAGUCGAAAGCGCUCACACGACAGCGCUGAGGGCGCUCUAGAAAGAAGGAAUACUCAACUUCUGCGUGCCGACUUUCUGGAGCGACUUGGGAACGUCACCAAAAAGCACAUACUGCUUUUAUCCGAUAAGGAGCCGCGCGACGCCGUUGAGGACACCAUCAACAAACAACUGAAAAAGAUUGGUAUUGAAAGCUUUGCGCCCAAGGACAAGGAGGAUUGUUUCGGCCUACUGGAUUUGAAAGAUGACUAUUACACGAUGCGGCGGCUGCUCAAAGUGUGCGGGCAACUCGGUGAGAUCAACGAGUUCGAGGACAACCUGCAGGAAUGGCACUUGAAGCAUCAGCAAAAAGAGGACUGCGAGCUGUGCGACGCGUCCGAACUGACAAAGCUGUUGAGCUACGUCGCCAUUCUCACCAUGUCGAUCUUCUCGAUUUUCGCAUUCCUCGCCGUCGUCGCGUGGGUGCGCUAUCAUAUUCUGAAAAAGCAUAUCACUAAGGGGCCGUACAAGGUGCUGCUGACGGCGACCGACUUCGUUUUUCCUCAGCUACCGGAUACGAGGCGGGUGGACGAAGGCAUUGAAGCUAUGCUCUGUUGUUGGCUGCAACAACUGCAGGAGUUUGGCGGACCAGAAGUGGAAAAACCCGACCUACUGCAAGGCUCAGGGAACGCUGCUGGUGGUGGAGGUGGCGCAAGCGGUGGCGGUGGCGGCAACACCAGGACGCCGUUACGCGGCGGCUCGAGUCCUAGUUUGGCUAAACAGUUGCUGAUCGAUCCGAGGGUUCGCUACAACGGCGAUCUGGUGCAAAUGAAGCCCAUUCAGUUGGAGUCAAGCGUAGAACUGAAAGCUAAGACGGUCGAGGUGUUGGUGCUGCUGCACGGCUUGCGCCACGAAAAUCUUAAUCCUCUCAUCGGUUGCCUCGCUGAACCGCCGCGUGUUUAUCUCGUGUCCGAGUACUGCGCGCGCGGUUCCCUGCAGGAUGUUCUGCAGCAAGACGACAUCAAACUGGAUUGGUCCUUCCGACUGAGUUUGUUAACAGAUUUGGUGCGAGGUAUGAAAUAUCUCCACCAGACGCCUAUUAAAGUUCAUGGUUAUUUGACGUCGAGAAAUUGCGUCAUCGAUGCGCGCUGGGUGCUCAAAAUCACUGAUUAUGGUCUGCCUUCAUUUUAUAACACACAGGGAAUAACAGUUGCACAAAAGUCAGCUAAAGAACUUUUAUGGACCGCGCCAGAAUUAUUAAGACAACCGAGUCUGCAAAAAACGGGCACGCCGUCUGGCGACGUCUACUCGUUCGGCAUCAUAAUGCAAGAAGUGGUUGUACGAGGCGAGCCGUUUUGCAUGCUGGCGCUUACUCCCGAAGAAAUAAUUGCGAAAGUAAAAAAGCCGCCCCCACUAAUUCGACCCUCGGUGAGCAAAGGCGCAGCACCACCGGAAGCCAUUAAUAUCAUGAGACAAUGCUGGGCCGAGCAGGCCGAGAUGCGACCUGACUUCAACGCCGUGCACGAUCAAUUCAAAAAACUGAAUCACGGCCGCAAGGUCAACAUCGUCGACACCAUGUUUCAAAUGCUCGAAAAGUACUCGAACAAUCUGGAAGAGCUCAUCCGCGAGCGCACAGAACAAUUGGACGUCGAAAAACGCAAGACUGAACAGCUUCUAAAUCGAAUGUUGCCUAGUUCGGUGGCCGAGAAAUUGAAGCUGGGGAUGCACGUGGACCCCGAGGAGUUCGCGGAGGUAACGAUCUACUUCAGCGACAUCGUCGGCUUCACGACAAUCUCGGCGCAUUCGACGCCAUUUCAGGUUGUCGACCUGCUCAACGACCUCUACACCUGUUUCGACGCGACGAUCAACGCGUAUAAUGUGUACAAAGUUGAAACAAUUGGGGAUGCGUACAUGGUGGUUGGGGGGCUGCCGACGCCGAUUCAUGACCACGCUGAACAGAUCGCCACAAUGGCACUGGACUUGCUGCAUCAGAGCGGACGGUUUCGUAUCAGGCAUCUGCCAAAGACGCCGCUGCGAUUGCGAAUAGGAUUGCACACGGGGCCGUGCUGUGCGGGGGUUGUUGGACUCACAAUGCCGCGUUACUGUCUGUUCGGAGACACGGUAAAUACGGCGUCGCGUAUGGAAAGCACUGGUUCUCCGUGGCGGAUUCAUCUUUCAACGGCGACCCGCGCCAGGCUCGAAAAGGCGGGGGGCUACAAACUCCAAUAUCGCGGCGCCACCGAGGUCAAAGGUAAAGGCACUAUGGACACGUACUGGCUUUCGGGGAAAGCUGGUUUCGAUAAACCCUUGCCGACACCGCCUUCGUUAGAGGAGAAUCAUGGCUUGGAUGAAAGUGAUUUAGUAAGCCACGACAUCAAACCGAUGUCGGAAGGAUCAAUGGAUAGCGAUACAGGAUUACAUAUGACGGCCUUUGAUGACUCCAACAGAACCCCAUCAACACCCGACCCAUCCUUCAUAAAAACCAUGGAAUGCUCAAAAUUCUCCUCACUUAUCCGUAGUCAAGACCAUUCCAUCUCUGGCGAACACCCCCCGCCGUCACACCACCACAUCGUCAAGAGUACUUCCAGUGACAAUCCCGGCAUGUCAAUGGGUACACCGGUGUCCGCUUCCGAAGUAGCCGCUGCUCUCCUGGGUGCGUCAACUAGUUCACUCAGCGGGUACCGUCAACGCCCACGCCGCAUCGAAGAGGAAGAUCUAAGUACACCAUAUAGCCACUACAAAUGCCUCAGCCCCAAAGAUCGCCUUGGAAAACUACGCCGUCAGUUUAGCCUGGACAGAGCUCCGGACGAAUCAAGGGAUCGCUGUUCGCCGAAAAAAUUAUGCAAGCAGAACUCGGCAGGCGCCGCCGAUUUGGAGAAAAUCGAAGAGGUGACGAUGACGUCUGCCAAUCUACUUGCAAGCGACUUAUCACCGGGAGCUCUACACUGCUCCCUAUCGAUAUCAGCCAGUUCUCUACUGCGUUAAGCACGAUACUCAAUUUGAAAUGUAAUUUAUUUUGCAUUUGAUACCUUAUCGCAAUUUAAAUUUCUAAGUAUGUACUUACUUACACAGCGUUAAGUAUGGAACCUCUCCUCUUUGCUAAAUCUUUGUGAUAAUACAAUACUGGCAUCUAGACGAUGCGAUAGAUAUAAAGAUAUAUGGAAUCCACGUUAAUGGACAGAGAUAAACUAUUAAUAGAAAAAGUGUUAGACAAUCAAGAAUUAAGUAUUAUUCAAAUAAGAGAAAUAAAUGUGUCAACAUAAAAUAUAAACUAAUGCCUAAGCCAAAGUUCUUUAUCUUGUUUGUCAUGUUAUGAGAUUAUUUUUUUAAUCGGUGGAUGUGAUAUCACUUGGGUUUGAAACUAUGUUCUUGAAAUUUAAAUGGUUAUGAACAUGCUAUUUAACAGGGUAAUAGCUCUUAGACUAUGCGAGCCUUCGCAAGAGCAAAUUAAUAAAAACGAGGGAAACUGAAGAACUUGCAAAAUCAUUGUCACAAUAACUUUACUAUAAUGAUCUAUUGAUAUAAUUACUAAUAUACCAGAAACAUAUUGAUUAACAUAAGGUAUCCUAGGUUCACGUUAGAUCCAGAAAACAAUUGAUAUAAAUAUAUAGUAUAUUGUAGGUAUGUUGAAUAACUUUAAAUGAUUAGCAUGCAAUUCUAAAUUUUGUUAUUGGUGUGCCACAUAAGUUAUGAAUUGAUUGUUUGAAGUUUAAAUGAUGAGCGAUGAUGUAAAAUUGGAAUAAAAGACUUUAUAAACGUA